AUGCUGAUUUCUCCAUCAGUUUGGUUGCUUAAAUGUGGUAUUGGAUCUGCAUUUUUUAGUGUAAGCCCAGCUUCAAAUAGGCUGAAUAAAGUAAUUCAAAAACAUGUGACAUUUUCACGCUGCUUAUCAAGUAAAACUGACGCUGAGUUCGGUAUCACAAAUAUUCAAGAUGAUGACGACUUUAAGAAGCGUGUUUUAGAAAAUCCAGCGCCAGUGCUUGUCGACUUUCAUGCCAAGUGGUGCGGUCCUUGUAAAAUCUUAGGUCCAAGACUGGAAAAUGUCAUGAAGUCAUAUAUGAAGUCCAUUUUACUUGCUAAAGUUGACGUUGAUCAACUAGAAACCGUCUCUGGACAGUAUCAGAUCAGCGUUGUACCAACAGUCAUCUCCAUGAGAAAUGGUAAAGAAAUUGAAAGGUUUGAAGGUGCCAAGGAGGAAGAAUUCAUUAAACGCAAGAUAGAGUCCCUGUUAGCACAUAAGGCGUAA